AUGAAGCGGAAGGUGAAGCGCAACGAUCGCAAGGAGUGUCAGAGCCGUCAGAGCCCAGAGCUCAAGAGCUCAGAGCAGAGCUCAGAGAUGGAAGAGAUGGAAGAGAUGGAAAGGGACCAAAGCAAACAGACCUUCCAGGUAGAGUUUGAGUUCUACGAUCCUGAUGACUCCGAUUUCCACAAUGUCCGAGAGCUUCUCCAAACGGGUGCCCUGCGUUUCUUGGACUUGGACUUCUCAAGCCUGGCGGACGACAUCGUGGAGCAGGUGAACAUUGGGACCACGAUCAAGUCCGGGGAAAGUGAGGGCGAAGGAGGGGAAAGUGAAGGCGAAGGCGGCGAAGGCGGCGAAGGCGAAGGCUUGCAGGACGCAGCCCUCUGCGGCUUCCUAACCGCCCUGAAUUUGCGGCAGUUCUCAGAGAAGACCUGGUGCAAGAGCUUGGUGUCCUUGUUGGAGGCAAAAGCUGAAAGUGCGGGCCCUGCAGUCUCGGAGAAGCUGCAAAGCUUUCUUCCACAAGCCAUGGCCUCAACCGCCACAUCCGCCACAUCCGCCACAAGGGCGAAGACACAGAAGCCAGCACAGCAAGCACAGCCAGCACAGCCAGCACAGCCAGCACAGCCAGGGUUGCUGGUCUCAGAGCGCUUCGUGAACUUGCCCCUGAACCUCGUGCCUGCGCUGCACACGGCGGUGCUGGAGGACAUCCGCUGGUCUCAAGAGACAGAGCACUGCCCGAGCGAGGAGCGGCCCUUCUAUUUCUUCACUCACUUCUUGCUCCUGGCGCCAUGCCGGGCCUCCGACACAGGCUGCCGGCUGGAUGGCCGCAGCAUCGCCUUCGCGCGGCCGGAGGAUGAAGCCUUGGCCCGAGUGGCCUCCGUGGCCUUCAGCUUCCCCAGCUUCCCGGCCCUCCCGGCCUCGCCGAAGACGACGGAGACGGAGACGGCUCGCUCCAAGAAAAGGCGUCGUCCGACUGCGACAAGACCGUCUGGGUCCGAUGGAACAGAGCGCGUGGCCAAUGAGCGCGUGGCGGUGCUUGGCCUCACACGGUCGAACUACGAAAAGGCGAUCGCCGGACUAAGGGAGGUGCUGGAGGAGCUGGAGAGCAAAGCCAGAACCGCCCCAGAACCGCCAACAACCCUUCAAGAGUUUGAAGACGAGCCGGCAAGGAGAAAGCUGAGAAAGCCCCCAAGAAGAAAUCCCAAAAAGCCCGCAAAAAGAUCGUGA